GGCUCUUCGUGGACGCUUCCUGCCAGCCCUACUCAGCUACCCAGUCGCGCCCGGGCCACUCGCCCGCAGCCAUGAGUUCUCGCGGCCCAGGUCGAGCCCGCUGCCCCCUGGAGUAGGCCCUACCUCCGGCGCCGCCGGACCCUCCCAACCAUGGAGUCUCCAGCCCCGAGCCAGCCUGCAAGUGCACCUCCGCCCAAAGGAAAAUCCCGGAGGAAGAAGGAUUUGUGGAUAUCCUGUAUGUCCAAGCCCCCCGUGCCCAACCCCACGCCCCCCCGGAACCUUGAUUCCCGGACCUUCAUCACCAUAGGAGACCGGAACUUCGAGGUGGAGGCGGAUGACCUGGUGACCAUUUCGGAGCUGGGCCGUGGAGCCUAUGGGGUAGUGGAGAAGGUGCGACAUGCCCAGAGUGGCACCAUCAUGGCUGUGAAACGGAUCCGAGCCACCGUGAACUCCCAGGAACAGAAGCGGCUGCUCAUGGACCUGGACAUCAACAUGCGGACAGUUGACUGCUUCUACACCGUCACCUUCUAUGGGGCCCUCUUCAGAGAGGGGGACGUGUGGAUCUGCAUGGAGCUCAUGGACACCUCCCUGGAUAAGUUCUACCGGAAGGUGUUGGAGAAGAACAUGACAAUCCCAGAGGACAUUCUGGGAGAGAUUGCGGUAUCAAUCGUGAGGGCGCUGGAGCACCUGCACAGCAAACUCUCCGUGAUCCACCGAGAUGUGAAGCCCUCCAACGUGCUCAUCAACAAGGAAGGCCACGUGAAGAUGUGCGACUUUGGAAUCAGUGGCUAUUUGGUCGACUCCUUGGCGAAGACCAUGGAUGCAGGCUGCAAGCCCUACAUGGCUCCAGAAAGAAUCAAUCCAGAGCUGAACCAGAAGGGCUACAAUGUCAAGUCUGAUGUCUGGAGCCUCGGCAUCACCAUGAUAGAGAUGGCGAUCCUGCGAUUCCCUUACGAGUCCUGGGGGACUCCGUUCCAGCAGCUGAAGCAGGUGGUAGAGGAGCCAUCCCCCCAACUCCCAGCGGACCGUUUCUCUCCCGAGUUUAUGGAUUUCACUGCGCAAUGCCUGAGGAAGAACCCCACGGAGCGCAUGAGCUACUUGGAGCUGAUGGAACACCCUUUCUUCACCUUGCACAAAACCAAGAAGACGGACAUAGCUGCCUUCGUGAAGGAGAUCCUAGGAGAGGACUCAUAGGGGUGGGGAUUUGGACACCCCUCUCGCCCAACACCACCAUGGCUGCACCCCCAGCCCUCAGCGCCUGGCCUCCUGUCUGCUAGGGCAGUGCGGACCCUGGUCUAUAAGCUACUGCCACUUGGCCUGGGGAGGAGCUGGGGGUCUGUUCUGGCCUGGCUCUGAACAAGUUGUCUUCCAGAUGCCCCAAACACCUGUCAGGGCCCUCCAGCUGGGCCCUGAGGCCCCUGCCAAUACCAGUGCCUCUGUCCUUGCUGCUCCAAGGACAACCCC